GACACCUUCAGCUAUGUGUGUGUGCUCUGGCUACAGCCUCAAGCUUUACUGGAUGACUAUGAGCCUAACUGCCAUCAAUGAAGGACCACAAUAGGAAACACCACUGGGGAACUUCCACGGCUUGUCCACACCUUUUUCAAAGGUCAUCGACCUCUGAGGAAGGACUGAUCACGUUUCAUCUCUAUUCGUCAAUGACAUUGAACUUUCAUCAUCCAGACGAGUGCUUUUAUCAAGUGAGGAGAUGGCCAAGGUGUACGGACUCUAUGUAGGGGUAGUAACAGCUCUGGCCUUAUGCAAAUACUCCCUGGCAGAAUGGAAUGCCACCGACGAGUCUGCCAAUCGAACUGAGUCCCUCUGUCAUCACCAUGGCAACGGAGACAAUUGCACAGCAGACACAAUAGACACAGGGCAGUGGACGGGGCACUUCUCAAAAUGUCCCAAGGAACUAACAAACUACUGCAUCCACGGGGAUUGUCGUUACAUAAAAGAACAGAUGGCACCAUCGUGCAGGUGUCAGCGGGGUUACAUUGGCUCAAGGUGUGAAUACCUGGACCUAGACUGGCGGAUAGGAGAGAAACGACAAAUCAUAAUCGCCUGCAUCAUCGCAGGGCUCGUUUUCCUCAUUCUCGUCAUUGUAUUCUUCUGCCUUUGUUCACAACGCAGGUGCAGAUUGUGGUGGCGGAAGGGAAGACGGAGGGAAGAACCAAGGAACGGAACAGAGAAGCUCAGCAUGAUGGACACCAGCGCGACUCACACAACCUUAACUGUAGACUCCACAGAGCCACCACACACCAACACCGUAUGAGAAGUGUGCUCGACCGCUGGUCUGGGAAUUGUUUAGACAUGGGGGAUUUUGUCCAUCAUGUAGCAGCUGCUGGCUUUUGUCUCACAGUGAUGGCAGUGUGCCAUAGGAGGUCCCUCUGUGCAGGACAGCACUGAGGCCUGUGCAAAGGAGGAGGGAAAUUUCUGGAUAAAGGCUGUGUUAGAUCAAGCUGGUGAACAUGAAUCUUCACCCUCCACUUAAAGGGCAGCCUUUUCUGGAUAUUUGAUGAAGCGUCAGAACUAAGAGGACGAUAAACAUGAGUUGGAGACCAGUGUUGAGCUGGAUUUCUUUUUCGUUUUCCGAUGCUGUGCAGCAACAGGCGCGUGUAGCUGCUGACUGCAUAGCACUUAAUCAGUUGUUGCUAUGUCGGAAAAAAGCUGUGACACCAGCUGUCAGCCGGUAAUAACAGUUCACCAGGUUAUUAGUUUGCAUGGGAGACACUUAGUUUGCAUGGGAGACACACAAUUAGAGGAACCGAGACUGUGUAAGGACACUCCAGUACACUGUCAUGUAAAUAUAUAAUUUAAUGUAUAGAAAGAAGCUACGGAAUACAGUUUCAGUCUGAUGUAUCUCUGUGUCAUGCUGUUUAUACUUAGUUUACCGCUACAUCACAAUCAUCAUUAUUUAUUACUCUGUUUGCAAUGCCUCCAUAUUAACCCACACAGAAUAUUGUUACUCAACAACAUUAGCAAUGCAAGAGAAGCCUUCUAUGUACGACAAGGCUGCAGUUCUGCACUCCAGGGAUUUGAGGAGGACAAGGAGAACUUGUGCUGGAGGCUUUUUUGAACUGUAUAUUUGGAGCCGAGCAGCCUCCGAGCUACACCGGCAGAACAGCCGAGCCUGUGUGUGGAGGCUCAACCGAGGUGAAAGUGCUCCACUGUAUGAGACACUUUCCAAACUGUCAGCCUUUCACAGGGUUGUUUUAACGUGUAUCUGUAUGUGUAUCAACUGCAUCUAAAUGUAGAACGAAGGGGGCAGAGUCAGUAAAGUCUCGCUGUCUACAAGCCACCUAUCAAUAAAUAUUUUGACUGGUUAUGUGCUGCCAAUUAAAAUUAUUUUUCCGGCAGAAGAUCAACAUAAAACAGAUAAAAUCAAUUGCAUUAAGACCCAAAUUAUGUAUGGUUUCAAACUCUAAGUGGUGUUUUCGGCAAAACGUUACUCAGUCUGCAGAGAGUUUGCAUCUCAUCACAGACCAAUGAGCUAAAGUUCAUAAGACCACCACUGACUCCUACACACAUUAAAAUCUCCAUGACCUUCUGCCACCCUUGUACCAGCUUCAAUUUUAAACCUUUAAUGAAAUACAUGCAGAUUUAACAAAAUUACAAUUCAAACAAAUGAGCAAGACAUGCUUAUAUUAGGUCACGAUAAUGCUCCCUUUCACGUGAUCGUACUUUGGUUACAGUUGUUGUGUUGCUAUGGUGAUGUAAUACCAUCUGGUGGGGCAGGAGCCAACAAAUUCCAGUGUAAGAGGGUGUGAACAAAAUUUAGUAUCGUCCUGUGACAUAUUGUGACUGAUUACAUGCACAAGGGAAUUAUCUUCUAUCUGCCUUUGUCCUUGGUUCUAACACUCUUUCAAAUGUAUCUCAUCCAAUACAUGAAUGUUUGAAUGCAUGAGAUUGAUAGCAUCACAAUGGAAAGUGAACUUCAGUUGUUAAGGAUGAUACAGUGAUUUAAAGAAAUAGUAUGACAUUUUGAAAUUUCAUACUGUACCAUACAUUUUGAUCGAUACCACUCUUGUCAACGUGCCGGCUAUAUCUUCAUAUUUACCAUACAGACAUGACAGGGGAAUUAAUGUUCCCCCUGGUCUUCAGCA